AAAAUUGACAUAAUCGAGAAGAACAUAAUCAAUGUUAUCUCCUCCUCAACUUCCUUCUCCGUUGAUGAAAUCACAUAUACCGACAUCAUCAGCGUGGGUGUCCCCGUCGGCUGGCGGCUUCGACGUUGUUACAUGACAGUGGUUUUGGUGUCUCCGCUUUCACCUCUUUCUUCACCAUUCCAACAUCAAUCUCUCCGCUCUUGACUUCGAUCUCCUCUUCUCAUCCGGCUUCUUUAUUCAAUCUUCUUUUAUAAUGUAUCAUGUUCAAAAUUUUGCUCAAUUUUUAUGUGCGGGCAAAUUAUUUUCCCUCCCUAGCGCCCACACCCAUACACCCAAAGCAAGGUCGGUGCUCCAGGGAUUAUUAGGCCUCCUGCAACUUCCUUAAUUGCUGUAGCUGCUAAUGAGACUGCGCGGAAAGGGAUUGCUUGAUGUUUCUUCCCACCAUUGGCGUUAUGUGACCAUCGCAAGGAAAGAUCCUUGUUCUUGUAAAGUUCAGUUUUCUGCCUGUUUCCCAACUGUUUUUAGAAUAUUUGAGGUCAAGCACUGCAUGUUUUAUUGUUCAUUACCUUUCAUAAGCAAAGAGCACAAAUCCAUCAAAUCCAACUCUGAUCAUGAAGAAUCAGAGCAGUCUGCUGGGCUACAUGACUUUGUUCUUGGACCAGAAGAACAUGAGUAUGCCCAUAAGAUAAAGUGCACUAUUUUAAAUCAUGGAAGUCGGAAUGUUAAUGAUGUUAUGCAGGCUCUAGAGAACAAUCAUUAUAUCCAUCAAAUUCAACUUACAACUAAUACCGUUGAUUCACUGAUGCAACAGUUUGGUGAUGAUUGGCAGUCUGCCCUUGGUUUUUUCCGAUGGGCUGGUGCUCGGCCAGGCUAUAAACACACUUUAUAUUCAUAUAAUAAUAUAGUGGGUUUACUAGGUAAGAUGAAGCAAAUCGAUCAGAUGUGGAAUUUAGUGGAGAAAAUGAGAACUGAAGGCUUGAUUACCCUUGAAACUGUUGCCAAGAUCAUGAGAAGGCUGGUUGGUGCAGGAAGAUGGAGAGAUGCUGUUAAUUUUUUUGAUGAUUUGGAACACUUUGGACUAGCAAAAGAUACCGAAUCAAUGAAUUAUUUGCUUGACACCCUUUGCAAAGAGAAAAAAGUUGAAGUUGCCCGUGAAGUAUUUAUAGAGCAUAAGGCGCGCAUCCCUGCAGAUGCUUACACUUUUAACAUUUUUGUCAAUGGUUGGUGCAUUUUACACAGAAUUGAAGAGGCAAUUUGGACAACUCAAGAGAUGAGAGGCUACGGAUUUCGACCUUCCGUGAUCACAUAUUCAACGAUCCUUAAGGCAUAUUGUAAACAGUCGGAUUUUCGUAAGGUCUUCGAGUUGCUUGACGAGAUGGUUGCUGAGGAUUGCGCACCAAAUGUCGUCACCUACACCAUCAUUAUUAAUUCGCUUGCUAGAUCACGUGAUUUUGAAGAAGUGCUGAGUGUGGUUAACAGGAUGAAGUUAUCUGGAUGUGAGCCCGAUACUCGUUUUUAUAAUACAUUGAUCAACAUUCUAGGCAAAUCGGGGCGGUUGGAUGAUGCCUUUCAUAUCUUCGACAAUGAGAUGGGAAUGAAUGGGGUCAACCCGGAUAUAUCUACGUAUAAUAUUAUGAUCUCUAUAUUUUGUCAGCAUGAGCAAGAACAGAAUGCUUUACAUGUGUUGAAGGAGAUGGAAUACUCUUCUUGCAAACCUGUUCUGCAAACAUACAAUCCACUGCUCAAACUAUGUUUUAGAAUGGGAAAAAUAGAUGAUCAACUUAAAAGCUUGUUGAAUGACAUAACAACAAAGCAUCACUUGAGUUUCGAUCUUGAUACAUAUACGCUUUUAAUUCAUGGCCUAUGUGGUGUGGGAAAUGUUGAUUGGGCGUAUUCUCUUUUUAAUGAGAUGGUAGAUCAAGAAAUUGCGCCUAGGAUUCGUACAUGUCGGCUACUGAUGGAUGUAGCGAAACAAAAGAACAUGGAUGUAGCCGUGGAGAGGGUAAAAAAUUUGAUGAGCACAAAAGUUUCAUGAUUUUAAUGGGUAAGUUGAUGUAUUAGACCCUAAAUUUGUAAGCUAAUUUCGGUUUUUGUUGGAUAGAUUGUAGAUGUAUAUGUUCAUAAGAGAUAAUUCUUGUUACAUCUUCAUUAUUAUGAUUCUUA